CCAACAAAUGGCAGGGACUGUCUAAACUAUAGACUAAAACACGUCCACUUGUUCAUUUCUGUAUUUUAUAUUUAUUAUUAUUUAUAACAAAAUAAUUUUUAUUUGUAAAUAUAAUUAAGGUCAAAGUACACAAUUAUUUUUAAAUAACGAUAAAAAUAAUUAAAUUAUGGAUGAUUGUAAUGAACUUGACGAAUCUUUAGAAAUCGCUUCAAAAACGUGGAGUCGUAUAACAGAGACUGCCAAUACAACUGGUUUUAGAGAAGGUAUUGACGCAGGAUCAGAAUUAGUUCUUCAAGAGGAUUUUGAUAGAGGUUAUACUGAUGGGUUUAAAACAGCUUAUGUUCUUGGAAAGUACAAAGGUCUUGCUAGUUCACUCUUCAAAGACAUUAAACAUCCGAAGGAAAUAAAUGACAUCCUGGAAAAAACACGUAGAGGAGCGUGUUAUAUAUGCGAAGCACAAUAUUCUGGGGUAAUUAAAGACCAGGAAGUAAUUCUGACAAAACAUGAAGAGCAUACAUUAAAAACAUGUGAAAUUUUACGAUCAUACUUUGAGCCUUUAUUAAAAAAUUUAGGAAUUGAUAUCAAUGAUUGAGAAUUAAAUUAAAUUACAAUUAAUUUAUUACUUUUAUUAUUAUCAUAUAUUUUGGAAAAGAUAAGAGCACAAAUGAAUAAGUUGAUAAAAUGGUUCAAUUUAAUAAAAAGAUAAUAAGAAA